UUCCUGUAGUGACUUUGAGGAGGGCUCCGAUAUUGCAAAAUGCCUAGCUUGCUGAAGAAGACUACGUUCGGAAAGUGUAACCAAGCACACCGGCACUCAGAAGAAAUGAACAAGAAGAACCAUGCCACACUGGACCUGAUGCCCUCCAAAGUACAGUCUGGAAAUUGACAAAGCUGAAAUCAAAAUACAAUCAGAACCUUUUUUGGAAGAGUCGGACACAAAAAGGCACUCACCAUUUUCAGGACCGUGAAGGAUGCGGUGGGUCAAAAUGCAUCUUAUAUCUGGACUCUGAAGUCUAACAUUUGUUGGUGAGCUGUAUGAAACUGUGGAGGAAAACUGAAAGUAUUCCAGCCUGUCUUUCUAUCUUGCUUUAACGAUGGGGGCAAAAACAUCCUCAGAGAAAGGAGCCCAUCGCUUCCACCAGCUUUACACGGCACGGGGAUACAGAGACGGAUGGUGACCAAAGGCUUCAAUUUGCUCUCUUUUCCACAAUUCCAUCUCCCCCAAGCUCAGGCUUAGAAAUGGAUAUUCUCUGUGAAGAGGAGAGUUCUGUGAACCCAACUGCCAACUCCCUAAUCCAACUAAAUCGUGACCGAAGCCUGCUCAAGGCGGAUUUUAUCUCCGGAGAGGCUAACACUUCCGACGUACUUAACUGGACGGUGGACUCUGAAAACCUGACUAACGUUUCAUGCGAAGGAAACCUCACUCCCCCCUGUAACCUGCUCUUCCACCUUCAAGAGAAAAACUGGCCAGCCCUGCUCACAGCUGUGGUGAUCAUUUUAACUAUUGCUGGAAAUAUCCUUGUCAUCAUGGCAGUCUCACUGGAGAAAAAGCUGCAGAAUGCCACCAAUUAUUUUCUGAUGUCCCUUGCCAUAGCAGAUAUGCUGCUGGGUUUCUUUGUUAUGCCAGUGUCAAUGUUAAACAUUCUGUAUGGAUACAACUGGCCUUUCCCCACCAAGCUCUGUCCAGUGUGGAUAUAUAUGGAUGUGCUUUUCUCCACGGCCUCCAUCAUGCAUCUCUGUGCAAUCUCGCUGGAUCGCUACAUCGCCAUCCGGAAUCCCAUUCAGCACAGCCGCUUCAACUCGAGAACUAAGGCAUUUGUGAAAAUAAUUGCUGUUUGGACCAUAUCCGUAGGUAUUUCAAUGCCAGUGCCAGUAUUUGGACUGCAAGAUGAUUCCAAAGUCCUUAAAGAAGGAAACUGCUUCCUUGCGGAUGAGAAGUUUGUUUUGAUUGGCUCUUUCGUGUCUUUCUUCAUUCCCCUAACUAUUAUGGUGAUCACCUAUUUUUUAACUAUAAAGUCACUCCAGAGAGAAGCCACUUUGUGUGUGAAUGAUAUUGGCUCAAAGACCAAAUUGGCCUCGUUCAGUUUUCUCCCUCAAAGUUCCCUGUCUUCAGAAAAACUCUUUCAGCGGUCCUUGCACAGGGACCUAGGAAUGUCCGGGCGGAGAACUAUGCAGUCGAUCAGUAACGAACAGAAAGCGUCCAAGGUUCUUGGCAUCGUCUUCUUCCUGUUCGUGGUCAUGUGGUGCCCCUUCUUCAUCACCAACGUGUUGGCCGUCAUCUGCAAAGAGUCGUGUAACGAAAAUGCCAUGGGCGUGCUCCUGAAUGUAUUCGUCUGGAUCGGUUACCUCUCUUCAGCCGUCAAUCCGCUGGUCUACACACUCUUCAAUAAAACCUACCGCUCGGCUUUCGCCCGGUACAUCCAGUGCCAGUACAAAGAAGAGAAGAAGCCUUUGCAGUUGAUCUUGGUGAACACUAUCCCUGCCUUGGCCUACAACUCUAGUCAGCUCCAGCUGGCGCAGAUGAAAAGCUUCAAAAAAGAGGGCAAUAUGAAGGACACUUCUAGGGCUAGCAGAGGAAAACAUCAUUGCACUAAUGCAUCAAAGACAAGUCUCGGUCUGGCGGGGGACAAGGUCAGCUCUGUGUGACUGCGCUGGACCACUUAUGGCUACUAUGGCAACGGUGAUGUGGCACAAUAAGCAACCGAAAAACUAGGGUGACUUGGGAAAGCCAGGCAGGUCCAAUAGAACUGUCAGCAUAACAUAAGCCUCAUGUUCUUCUGCCAAUGAAAACCAGGGUUAAAUGCCACAAAUGUGCACUUUUUUUGAAAUGUUCAUAAGGUACUUCAGCUGUUUUAAGCAUAGGCUUUAUUACACUUAUUUUUUUAAUAACCUAAAUAAUAUAUUUCUUAAAACGAAAUAUCAUUUAUUGUAUUAUACUAAUAAGGGUCCCGAAUAAAUCAAUUUUGCUAUUUUUUCUUUUGCAAAGGAAAAUAUAUUAUUGUGUGGUUUAUUGGCAGCAUGGGAUUGAACCGGUUACUUUAUGCUGUACUUUUUAACAACAAAAGUAUUCAUAGAAAUCACAGUGAACGAGCACUUUUUAGGGCCAUUUUGACAGAAAGAAAUGUUAGUUUAUCAGUACACUCGUAUAUGUGUUUGUGUGUACGUAUACAUAUACAUGUACAUGCCUUGAAAAAAGCACCAAGGAAAAUUAAAUGAAACCAAUGUGGAUUAGAA